AUGGAAGCACGAGCCAUUCAAACUUCGAGUGCUCCUGAGCUGCCGAACACCAACAAGAUUAUGCCAAAGGUAACUGGAUGGGAGCGCAAUGCUAUGGGAAAGUUAACAGGAAGAUUGGUUGACCUUACAGAAUACCUGGAUCCCAAGAGGUUGGCGGACCAGUCUGUUGAUCUCAAUCUCAGGCUCAUGAAAUGGAGGAUUAGUCCCAAUUUGGACCUGGACAAAAUCAAGAGUACCAAGUGCCUCCUGCUCGGUGCCGGUACCCUUGGAAGCUAUGUUGCACGAAACUUAAUGGGUUGGGGGGUCACAAAGAUUACAUUCGUGGAUAGUGGAUCUGUGUCAUAUUCAAAUCCUGUGAGACAGCCUCUAUUCAAUUUUGUAGACUGUCUAGAGGGCGGGGCCAAAAAAGCAUAUCGAGCUUCACAAGCAUUGUCAGAGAUAUACCCUGGUGUUGAGUCUACUGGGUAUGCGAUCUCCGUACCGAUGGCUGGCCAUCCAGUGGUAGACCUUGAAAAGACUCGAGCAGAUUUUGAAAUUCUCCAACAGCUGAUAGUUGACCACGAUGUGAUAUUCCUUUUGAUGGACACAAGAGAGUCGCGCUGGUUACCAACUGUCAUGGGCAAAGCAGCUGGGAAAAUUGUCAUGAAUGCAGCACUGGGCUUCGACUCUUUUGUGGUUAUGCGCCAUGGUGUUAAAAAUGAGGUAGACCCGGCAGCGGAGCUCGGCUGUUAUUUUUGUAACGAUGUUGUUGCUCCGAUGAAUUCUGUCAAAGACCAGACACUUGAUCAGCAAUGUACUGUCACUAGGCCUGGUGUCGCCGCCAUUGCGUCAGCUUUAUUAGUUGAGCUACUCGUUUCGCUCCUUCAACAUCCCCAAGGUGCUGCAGCUCCGGCCCCAGCAUCACGGAGCGACGAUCAAAAUGGUCAUCCAUUGGGGCUUGUGCCACACCAGAUUAGAGGAUUUCUUUCAACCUUCGAGAAUAUCCCAAUCGCGGGUAAAAGCUACAGAUGCUGCAGCGCCUGCUCGGAUAACGUUGUUGAUGCUUACAAGAGCCAAGGGUGGGACUUUGUGCUGAAGGCCCUAAAUAAAACUGGAUAUAUGGAGGAGCUGAGCGGGCUGAAGGAGGUUCACUCAACAGCGGAGGCAAUGGUUGCUGAUAUAGAGUGGGAUGACUUUUCUGAAGCCGAGGAAACAAGUCUCAUGUAG